AUGCCGCGCGCUGCGCCAAGAGCUGGCGAGAGAGACGCCCUUUCAUUGCGUGCAGGCAAGACCCCCGUGUCAAUUCGUAUUGUGCCGACGUUACUGCAGAUGAAGCCUCUCCUGCCGCAGUAUGCAUUGCAGCACGAACUGGAACUGCGACGUCAACACCGCGCCGAAAGGGACGGCAGGAUUACUGUAGACCGCAGGUUUGCCAUCCCGCUCCGCUUUCGCGAUGUACGUCUGGAGCGACGUCUCCCUGCCAAAGUGGGCGGACGAAAAUUUCUUGGGGUGCGGUUUCUUCCCGUCACGUGGAACCUGCAAAAUGCUUGUCAGCUGCGUUUUGUCGAUCUGACUUUCGCGAACAGUUGUUUCUCCUUCGUCUAA